ACUAACAAAAAAAUGGAGAGGUAAACAUCUAGAUUUAAUCAGGGCACGACACUAUUUUACAAGUUUAUGUGUAUGAAUACAUAUAUUUAGAUGAACGAAUUACCAAUUCUAUACUUGUAUAUUCAAUUUGAUAGGCUGAUGAAUUACAGUGCUAUUGGAAUAAUAUACAUUCAGUACAAUAAUUAUUUGUACCGAAAAACUAAUUCAUGUACUAAUAAACAUUGAUAAUGUGGCAGUUGACCUCAAUACAAUCGCUUUACAAUAGAUCUGUGACGGAUUAUUUUGAGGCCUAAUUGGGGUAGAGAAAUUCACCGAAAAUGAAAGUCGGAUAACAGAAAGUAAUAUACACGUAUCGGUGAAAUGAGUCAUCAAACAGAGUUGGAGAAAAAGAAAUACAGAAACUGGGUGAGAGGUGGACUGGCGUAUAAAUACCUUAAAGAAGGUAUAAAAGGAUUUGCUGAUGACGUGGUUGGAGAAGAACACAGGAGAAUUAAUCAGGAUGUCAUAUCUGGACGCACCUGUAACGAGUGCAGCAUUAGAAACCUGCGACCACUGCAUACCUGUCAAAAGGAUCAUGCCAGCAGAUACAAAUGUCCUUGGGGUCAGAACAACUGUAACUGUACGUGUACUACAAAGAAAAAACGAUGUCCUAAUAAAGUAUGCGACGCUGUUAUGGAAGAAAUUCUAAAAAAUCACGGAUCGGCACCGCCUACACCAAACUGGAAAAAUAUAGAUAUACAGAAGUGGUGUUCGGAUCCUUGGGAGAUGGCCAAAUGUUUCAUCAACGCGCCGGGUUAUGCAGACAAGUCUACAGCAGACGAUAUUGACAUUGCAGGGUUACUUCAUGUUUUCAUCAACAAUAUCGGUCACAAAACACACUUGUCCGACAAGAUAAACAAUGGCAAUAUAUUUCUAAAGACUCUACAAAGAAGAAAUGAAUUAUUCCAUUCGCCGACCAUGGAAUUGGAAGACUUAAUGUUGGAUAAAUGUAUAGAUGACAUCCUAGCAAUUCUUGAGGAUGAAAAAGAAUUGAAAGCAAGGCAUGAUUCCCAAGAAGCAGUCUUAAAACUCAAACAGUUGAAGCAAGAGAACUUUAUCAUUACCACAUACAACGAGGUCGAUGUUUGCAGAGAUGCUCUAACAUCCAUUACCAACGAAAAAGAAGAAUUGAAACAAACGAUUCAAGAUGCUAAAGACGACAUUGCUAUGAAACAAUCAGAAGCUACUGAAGCAAUAGGUGAGGAGACAAAGAAAGUUCUGCGUGCCGCUUUGGGAGAAUCAGACAAUCAGAAUGAGACACUAUAUGAAAGAGUUGGGCGGCUUGAAUCAGAUCAUUUGGUUACAAAACAGCGGCUUACAACACUGGAGGGUAGAGCAGACAAACUGGAAACAAUACGUCAAAAUCACCAGAAACAGUUAGACUAUGUGGAAGGAAAACAAGCACUUCAGAAUGGCUUGGUGAAAUUAUAUCAGCAGCAUUAUGUAAAAACAUCUACUUCACCUUUGAAGUCCAGAGAGAAUGACAUAAGCAUAAAUGAGGUUUAUGUUUCACCACAAAUGGCAGUCAAAGAACAAACAACAUCAAAUGAUGGAGAAGACAGAAAAGUACAAAUGCGCACGCCUGAAAGAAAAUAUAUACAUGGAUAUCAUGAAAUAUUUCGAACAAAGGGACAAAAACAUAAAGCUGUUUAUAUAGUGGGUGAUGCUGGAACUGGGAAAAGUUCUUUCUGUAAAAUGAUGAUUCAGAACUGGUGCACUGCUUUUACAGAUAAUUCAGUCAAUAUUGUUACUGGCAGUAAGCGUGACAAUUCUAUGGAGUCUGGUACUGGAGCUACUUAUGAAGUUAUAUAUACACGUGACAAGGAAUUAUCGUCUGAAUAUUCAUGUCCGUCCACGUCAGACACAAGUGACAGUGAAUGGUCGACUGUAUCUACGUCAGAAUCUGAAUCAGAUGAUGACUCUCAAUACAGUGGUGAUCAAACUUCAAAUGCUGACGAUGGAGAUAUCAAUGAGAUUAGACAUUUUGAUUUUCUUUUCUUCGUACCCUUGCAGAAUAUGUCUGGACUAAGCGAUAUAACUGAAAUGAUCAAAGCGAUUGUUACAGACGCCGGUCUGGCGUCAACUGACAUGAUAGACGGAAUACUUGAGCAAGAAUCGGAACGUUGUCUUAUCGUUGCAGACGGACUGGAUGAAUGGACUAUUCCAAAAGAUAAAUAUCGUUUAUCACAUGUCAGUUAUGGUUUGCCAAAAAGAGACAGAGCAAAACAUGCAACGGUCAUUACACUUUCUAGACCGUCAGCUAAAGGAAUACUCAACAUGAAGUCUUCGGAAUAUGAUAAAAAAGUGGAAUUCUUAGGAAUUAAUAUUAGAUCAGUCAAAUGUUUUAUUGAAAAAUACCUGUCAAAGUCUAACAAUAAAGGUAUAUCUUCAAGACCAUUAAUGAAGAAAAUCAAAUCGGCGAAACUUAAACAUCUGGAGAAAACCCCCCUACUCUUGCAACAGUUGGUAUGGUUGUAUUGCAACGGAAAUGAAAUUGGAAAGUCUAUCAGUGAUACAAACAGUCAUAUCAUUAAUGUUAUGCUUGGAUGGACACAGAACAAAGAAGAGGAAGAAACCACGGAUGAAGACCAAAUUGGCGAUACAAAUGAAGAUAAAGAUGAGGAGCUCCCCGGAAUGUUACAUAGAUUUGACAGAUGUGAGGCAAACAAAAGGUUUCUACUUCCGUUAGCUAGAGUUGCAUUUGAAGCCAUGACUUCAAAAACGGGGUCAAACACUUUCGGCCGAAAUCAUCUCCGAAAGAGAGCAGUGUCAAAUAAUUGUAUAACUACAGUCAUUAAGUUAGGUCUUCUGGUAGAAGAGAAUUGCUUUGAUCCGACAAAAGAGAACACCAGGCUUGCAUUCAUCCACACUUCGUAUCUUGAGUUUUUCGCUGCUCUACAUGUGUCUGGCCAGUAUAACAAAGAUCAGCGUUCAGUAAAACGAAAGACUGUUUUGGAAGAACUAUUUCGAAAUUGUGAAUCAACUGCUGACAUACUACAUUUAUCAAACGUUUUUAAAAUGAUAUGUGGAUUAUCUCCAUACAUAGUAUCAGACCUGUCAAAGAUGAUAUCAGAUAUUGUAUCUGGAGAUGAAAAUAUGAUAACAUAUAGAAACUUCCUUUCAAUGAAUUUGCGGGAGAGAUCAAGCGAGGAGCUUGAACAGGUUCAGCGUCUUAUGUUCGACUGUCUGUUCGAGGGAGAUUCAGAUGAUAAACCAAUGAUCAGUCUGUGUGAUGUUAUCAUAGACCGCAACACAGAGAAGUCCUUUCUCCAGAGAAUAAUACCGGAGAAUGUGUUAUCCCUUCAUGCUGAUUGUUGGGUCUUUGAUGUACCGGCUGAGAUGGUAUUGUUAUCCUCAUUUAUACAAAAAGCACCUUUAAGAUGUCUUUCAUUGUGUGGUGUAGAUUUGAUCCAGUGCGAAGAUCAUGCCAUUGAUCUUUCUAUGCAUGACUGUUGCCAAGUGAUAAUGUUUACACCAAGCACUAACAGUAACGCUGAAGAUCUUGAAAUAUUACAGUUGAACUCAUCCGAUACAUUGGAUAUCGAUCUUCUGUUAAACAGCAGUAUGACAGAAGUUCAAUUUGAAACUCAUUCGUCAUAUAACUUUACAUACAACAAACAAGUAGAUUCUGUGGUACAUACCUUACGUCAGUUACGGAAACUCAGAUUAGAGAAGGUAAAAAUUUACACCAAUGCCCUCACUGUUACACCCGAGAUGAGAAACCUUGAAUACAUUGAACUAUGGUCAGUCAGAAUGAGUCUGGAAACAUGGCGUACAUUCAUUGAUAGUCUCCUUACUCUUCAACAAUCUGUAACUGUACGCCUUUUUUCUUUAUUUGGUAUAAAAGACGAUGAAAAAUUUGACUAUGUAAGACAGAAUAAAAUGUUUGAAGUGACAGAAGAAAAUACAUGGUAUUUCAAAUUUAGGACAAAGAAAUAAUUGUAACAAGCUCAGCAUUGUCACAACUGGAAAUAUUGAGAACUGAAAGUGAAAGUAUGACAGUAUUUCUGAUGGAGAAAGAAUGGAAAGUGAAUACAUUACAUUAUUUUUGACUGAAAGUUAGAAGUGAAAAUUUGGACAAGAGAUAAUAUACAUAAGAUUUUUAAACUGCAUUUCCUUUAAAAUGCAACUGUUGUGAACAGAUACAUUUUAUCAUGAUUCGACACUUGUACACAUACUAAACGUUAAUAUAAAUUAUUAUCAGUUUAAUUAAGUAUGUGCAGUUUAAAUAUCACUGUUUAAUAAGACAGAAAAAAGCAAUGUUUUUGUUGUGUCAUAUCUGUAAGAGGUUUUAAAAAUUUUAAAAAUGUUCAUAUUUAUUUUCAAAAUAGAUUUCUGCACAUGUCUGGUACCUUCUCAACAUUGAUAAGAUGUGGAAGGUAAGAUAGUGAUGACAAGAGGACAUAGAAAUGACAGUAUGAAUUACUAUUGCAACAUCUUGUCUUUUCUAUAAACUUUUAAACUUCACUGACACAACGGUAGUAAAUCUGUGGAAAUAGAAUUCUGUGGAAAUAUAAUCAGCGCCGUAUAGUAGCUUUAUGACACAUGGCGGAUGAAAUAGUCUUGUUUUUCGAAAGAGUGAAAGAGAGUUCUGUUCUCCUUUUUUAUUUGAAAAAUGAAAGUAGGCCUACAUUUGAAGGAAUAGUGUUUAUUAAGGUGUGUCUUUUUAGUUUAAACUUCAACUUUCUCAAACAACAUAGCAUUUUCAAUGACGACGUAACAAUAUUAGAUAUAUGUUUGUGCCAAGAUCCAUCUUUGUGGAGUGACGCCAAACUGUGUUUUGAUGGCCAUUAUAUUCUAACCGAGUAUUUUCAAACAAAACAAUAGAGUGUUGUCUAUGCACGCGAUAAAAAGAAAUACAAUCUCUAUUGCAUACUGUAUAUCUCUGUAUUAUCUUUGAUUUGACGUAGUGACCUAGUAUUUGACCACAGAUGACCAAUAUUCUAACUUGACCUAGAUUUCAUCAAGGCAAUCAUCUGACUAAAUUUUAUGAAUAUCCAUGUAAAAUGCAGGUCCUAUUUCGUACAUCAGGUUUUUCUUUUAUCUGACCAAGUGACCUAGUUUUUGACCAUAGAUGAUCCAUAUUCAAACUCCACCUAGAUUUCAUAUAGACAAACAUUCUGAUUAAAUUUCAUGAGGAUACGGUGUAAAAUGCAGCCCAUAUAGCAUACACAAGGUUUUUCUUUGAUUUUGACAUAGUGAGCUAGUUUUGACCCUGACUGACCCAUAUUCGAACCUGAUCGAGAUUUUAUCAAGGCAAUCAUUCUGACCAAAAUCGUGA